CCCCCCAACCCAACCAGCACCUUCAUCAACGCAACAAAAACGCGCCACAAUUAAAUUACACUCUCUAUGCAUUAAUACGCAUAUACUCCUCUUAAGACCCUCUUUCGCCACCAUUAAGUCCAGGCAGCACCCUUUGUUAGAGGCCAUAACAGAACAUAGCCCACUGACGCCCCCUCCUCCAUGACGUAUAGCAAAAUAUAACUGGGCUGCUGCUCCGCCGUCGUCGUCGUCGUCGCCGCCGCCGCCGCUGCAGUUGUUGCUACUGAUGAACAUUUUUGCGCGCGCUAAUUAACGUCAAAAAGUUUCCGUUUUUUUUCCAACUGUUGUGUUUUGAAAAAAGUUACAAAAAAAGAAAGCAAAAAUUCUCGCGUUCCGCCGCUGUAAUAGACGACACAUUGCAACUUUUUGGAAGACCUGUUGUUGGCCGUACAAAAACAAAAAAAUAAAACUUCAAAACAAUAACGAAAAAUUGAAAUUUUAUAUGAAAGUUAGAGAAGGAAAACAAAAAGUGAAUUUUAAAUGAGUGACUAGUGUUAAAAAUUUUGGAAAAAAAAAUCGGCAUCAGAAAUUUUUUUUCUCUUGUUAACAUAAAGUUUGUGUUGAAAGUGCAAGUGACUUUUAAAGUCCUUUAAGAGUUUUUUGUAUUAACAUCGCCAUUGGUUAUUGAUACCAAUUAGAAGCUGCCUUGCUGUAGUGCCACCAAGCGCCACUUUGGAUAUUUUAAUUAAACCCGCCAUUAUCGACACUCACAAAAUUCUCACCGAAGUCUCAAAAGCGCCCCUUAGGGCUGUCGCGUUGGCGUCAUUUUUGGGCGACGGUUUCGCCGCCCUCAGUACGAGAGCACCGCCGGUCAAGGAUCUAAUGGCGUUCGGUUCAGUUUUACACAACAAUCAGCACAAUAUAGGUCGCAGUGAACCGCCGGUCGGUGUUGGCGAUCCCUGUGCCGGUUGUAAUAAACCAAUUUUAGAUAAAUUUUUAUUAAAUGUUUUAGAACGUGGAUGGCAUGCGUCUUGUGUGCGCUGCUGUGAAUGCCUUCAACCUCUAACGGAUAAAUGCUUUAGUAGAGAAUCAAAACUUUACUGCAGGAAUGACUUCUUUAGACGUUAUGGUACCAAAUGCAGUGGCUGCGGUCAAGGCAUUGCUCCCUCCGAUCUCGUUAGGAAACCUCGUGAUAAGGUGUUUCACCUCAAUUGUUUUACAUGUUGUAUCUGCCAUAAACAGCUCAGCACCGGCGAACAGCUCUACGUGCUGGACGAGAAUAAAUAUAUCUGCAAAGAUGACUAUUUGCUGGGCAAGGCGCCGUCGAUAUGUGGCCAUAAUUCCUUAAGCGGUUCUAUAAUGGGUUCAGCAAGUGAAGAUGAAGACGAUGAUGAUGAUCCGCCACAUUUACGCGGACCCCCUCUGGGUCUGGGUAUGCUGGGACCAAAUGGUCCAGACUCAGCAGGUGGACCAUUGGGAGCAUCAGAUAUUUCAGUACAAAGCAUGAGCACCGACAGCAAAAAUACCCAUGACGAUUCGGAUCAGGGUUCCUUAGAUGGCGAUCCUGAUGCGAGAGGUGAUUCCCAGGCGGAAAACAAAAGUCCUGAUGAUGCCAACGGCUCAAAACGAAGGGGUCCGCGCACAACGAUCAAAGCGAAACAAUUGGAGGUACUGAAAACAGCAUUUAACCAAACACCGAAACCGACACGCCACAUCAGAGAGCAGUUGGCCAAAGAGACCGGCCUGCCGAUGCGGGUGAUACAGGUCUGGUUUCAAAAUAAACGCUCCAAGGAGCGACGCAUGAAACAAAUCACCAGCAUGGGUCGACCCCCCUUCUUUGGGGGUGCGCGAAAAAUGCGAGGUUUCCCCAUGAAUCUGUCGCCGGGCAUGGAUGAUGGUCCCGGCUUCCCCUACUUUGCUGCCGAGGGUAAAUUCGAGUUUGGCUAUGGCCCUCAUUUUCAUCCUCACGAUGGUCCCUUCUUUCCCGGCCAUCCGGGCGCACCAAUGCCUUUUAAUGCACCAGCUAUUGUACCUUUUGUAGGUGGACCAAUGGAUCAUACGGGACCCAUACCCAUGGUCAAUGAAUUUGGUCUAACACCUGAAUCAAAUUUCCUUAGUCAAACCGGCGGACCACCCAUGAAUAUACAAUCAGCGGGCGGACCCCAACCACCUCCGGAACAUUUACUGGCUGCCCAACAGGCACAACAGCAACAGCAGCAGCAGCAGCAACAACAACAGCAGCAGCAGUCACAACAAUCACAACAACAAAAUGGCCCGCGUUCUGCAUCACCAGAAUUUAUGUCGGCGGGGAGUUUCAGUGAACCUCAAAAUAUGCAAAAUGAAACGCUAGUUUGGUAAUAUUCAAAAGAGUUGGCAACACGGUUGCUAUUCUUAAAGACCCUGGCCGAAUACCAACACCAGCAGGACGAAGAUUAGAUUAGCAUGAGCGAAAGCGGUACAAGACCAAGGGCUGGCUUUACAAAAACAAAAUUGGAAUGUGUGUGUGUAGCUAGAAUCACCCUUAAGUUUAGAGUAAUUAGCCUAGCCACUUGGCUGAGAAGGUUCACAAUGCCAUCCAUGCUGCCAACCUUAGGCCAGGACCUAAAGUCCAAAAUCAACUCAAAACUAUAACAUACCAACCACAACCCCAACAACAACAACAACAACAACAACAAUUAAUGGCUGCUUAAAUUUUGAUAUUAUUGUGCUGAAGUGCAACUAAAAAUUUAAAAAAAAAAGAAAAUUAUAUGGAAAAAAUUUAAAAUCAACAAAAACACUGAAACAAAACUACCACAACAAAUUUAAGUAAAUGAGCGAUUUAAACAAAUUGAAACAAUUGUAAAUUGAAUUUAUAUAUAUACAACAACAACAACAACAAUACAUACAUAUUUAUUUAUUUACCAUUUAACCUAACUACCUACCUACUUGUAUGUAUCAAUCAAUGUCUGUGUGUAACAUAAAAACUUGCAACCACCCCCCUCUCCAUCUUUUUGGAAACUCUCUGUAAGUCAAAAUUCUGCAAAAUCGACAAAGUUACAAAAUGAAAUAUGUGAAAUUAAAAUUUCAAGGUCCUUAGUUUCGGGGCGAGGGAAAUGAAUUUCAAUUGAUAAAAGGAUUACGAAUAAGUUGUUUGAGGUUUUAUUUGGUCAUAUUUUUUUUUAUUUUAUUUAACACAAAAUAAAAUUUAAUUAACCGAAAUAUGGGGAAAAAUUUAGGAAUCAAUUCAUUUCAAAGUUUUUUCCUGGUACUUAAAGUCUUAGGAAAAUCGUCAAAGUUUGGCAUAAUAAGCAUUUUGGAUUUUUAGAAAGACUGCGAAAAAGUUUUCAGUCGGUGUGAAGAAUGUUACUUGGAUCCUUGGAUAUAAACCAAACUAAUGACACUUUCUAUGCCCCUAGUCUAAAUUAUGAGCAAUAAUUUUUUUUAAAGCAAUAAAAAUAAAUUUUAGGUCCUUUGAUUCAAGAUAUUUUCAUUUCGAAAUAAGGCAAAAAUAACAAAAUUUAGAAUUUUUCUUUUUCCCAUGUUUGCUUCGAACUUGUGAACCAUAAUGGUAAUGGUCCAAGUUACGAAUACCUGGUGUCAUCUUUGAAAGUGCUUAAUUCGUCGACGAUGAGAACUGUACAAAAUAAGCUUUUUCAUACGGUCUAGUUUGGUUCAUGAAUUAGUUCACUUAGUUCAUUGAACUAGUUCAUUUUCUAAUUUAGCAUCGCUAGCUCAUUCAGUGGUAGAGUAAGUCACAGUAUGCUUUAGAAAUGUGUUCUUGGCCAAAGAACUAGUUUAAAGAACUAUAAUGAACUAAGUGAACUACUUGUCAUCAAUCGCUUCUUUUCGUUAACCGGGUAAUUUAGUUCAAUGAACAAGUUCUGCCGUUUACUACUUCGUAUACUUGUUCGCCUCUAUUUUGUUGUCAAUCAUUUAAAGUUCAAUUGGGCAAGUCCUUCAAUGAACUAAGUGAACUACUUCAAUAUAAAACCAUACUAAUGACACUUUCUAUGCCCCAAGUCUAAAUUAUGAACAAUAAUUUUUUUAAGCAAUAAAAAUAAAUGUUAGCUCCUUUGA